UCGCCCCCCCCGCCGGGUGACGUCACCCCAGCUCGGCCGGCGCCAUUUUGAAAGUGGAGCCGCUGGGGGGGGGCCGGAGCGAGGCGCGGAGCGGGGGCAGCCCCAGGAGCGGAGCCGGCCGCACCCCCGCCGCCAUCCGCCGCCAUCCGCCCCCCGCGGCCGCCCCCCGCCCGCCGCCGGCGGCGCCGCCGCGCAGCGCUGAGACCGCCCGACCCGCCGCGGCCGCUAUCACGAGCCCAACAUGGCAGGAGCUGGAGGAGGAAAUGACAUUCAGUGGUGUUUUUCUCAGGUGAAAGGCGCUGUAGAUGAUGAUGUAGCAGAAGCGGAUAUAAUUUCUACGGUAGAAUUUAACCAUUCUGGAGAGUUACUAGCAACAGGAGACAAAGGAGGUAGAGUUGUCAUCUUUCAACAGGAGCAGGAGAACAAAACCCAGUCUCACAGUAGGGGAGAAUACAAUGUUUACAGUACCUUUCAAAGCCAUGAACCAGAGUUUGACUACUUGAAAAGUUUAGAAAUUGAAGAGAAGAUCAACAAAAUUAGGUGGUUACCCCAGAAAAAUGCUGCUCAGUUUCUAUUGUCUACAAACGAUAAAACAAUAAAGUUAUGGAAGAUCAGUGAAAGGGACAAAAGACCAGAGGGCUAUAAUUUAAAGGAGGAAGAUGGACGGUAUAGGGAUCCUACUACAGUUACAACACUACGGGUGCCAGUAUUCAGGCCCAUGGACCUCAUGGUUGAAGCUAGUCCACGAAGAAUAUUUGCCAAUGCCCACACGUAUCACAUCAAUUCCAUCUCCAUUAAUAGUGAUUAUGAAACAUACUUAUCUGCAGAUGACUUGCGGAUUAAUCUGUGGCACCUAGAAAUUACAGACAGAAGUUUUAAUAUUGUAGAUAUUAAGCCUGCCAACAUGGAAGAGCUGACAGAGGUGAUAACAGCUGCAGAGUUCCACCCAAACAGCUGUAACACAUUUGUAUACAGCAGCAGUAAAGGAACGAUUCGUCUCUGUGACAUGAGAGCAUCAGCACUCUGUGACAGACAUUCAAAAUUGUUUGAAGAACCCGAAGAUCCUAGCAACAGAUCAUUCUUCUCUGAAAUCAUCUCUUCCAUAUCUGAUGUCAAAUUUAGCCAUAGUGGUCGAUAUAUGAUGACUAGAGAUUAUCUAUCAGUGAAGAUCUGGGAUUUAAAUAUGGAAAACAGACCUGUGGAAACAUACCAGGUGCACGAAUACCUCAGAAGUAAACUUUGCUCACUGUAUGAGAAUGAUUGCAUUUUUGAUAAGUUUGAAUGCUGUUGGAAUGGAUCAGACAGCAUUGUCAUGACAGGAUCUUACAACAAUUUCUUCAGAAUGUUUGACAGAAAUACAAAGCGAGACAUCACCUUAGAGGCAUCACGGGAAAACAAUAAACCCCGUACGGUUUUGAAGCCACGUAAAGUUUGUGCAAGCGGUAAGCGAAAGAAGGAUGAAAUUAGUGUCGACAGCCUAGACUUCAACAAGAAGAUUCUACACACAGCCUGGCAUCCUAAGGAAAAUAUCAUUGCUGUAGCUACUACAAACAACUUGUAUAUAUUUCAAGACAAAAUGAAUUAGGUUUGGCAUUCCUAACUGAAGAGUCCACUUCCUACAUAGUUGAAAUAGUUGAAUCUAGCAUUUGUACCUGUAAACGAAAGAGAAUGAGAGAGGUCCAUUAUGGCACCCCUUUCCAGUGUUUAAAAAUGUGCCAUAUGACAACACAUUUUUAUAGCUACAUGGAGAAAGCUCUGUUGAUCUGUUACUGUGUUCUUCUCCAUGUCUGCUAGCCAUUUAGGUGAGGAUAGGGCACUUUUUAAUUUAAAUGACUACUUGCACCAUCUUGCCUAAUGGACUAGAUUGGACUGUAUCAACAUUGGUUUACUCCACUUUUUAUGCCUUCCAUUGUGAUGACGUCAAACACAGGGAAAGCCUUCAAUCAUGCUAUGGGAUUUAAUUGUGUAACCUCAUUACUGUAUCAUUUGUGGCCCCCUUUUUUAUUAAAUACAGCUCAUUCUUGCUGUGGCUUGUAGCAUUCCUCCUCCUGGCCUCCUGGACUCCCCCUUUCCCUUUUAUCCCCCUCCACCUAGCCCUGGUGGUGGUGUAUAGAAAAAAAACAAAACAAAAUAAAGCACAUGAAAUGGGUCCGUUUGGGGUCAGUGGUAAAGGGGGUCUGUGUUGCAACAAAUGUUUUAAUAAACAGUUGACUGUAAUCACUCCUUGCCAUGUCUGGCACCAAAAAAGAGAAAAUAAGGAGAAAAACAAACAAACUACUGAAUAAAAGUGACAAAGAAUGGAGAAUCUGUUUUCUUUUUUUAAUCUACCUCUUUAUACAAAUACUCUGUGUUUUACCUUAGAUGCAUGAAAAUAAAAAGAUGUUUUUUGUAAUGAUUUUAA